UAGAUAUAUAGAAAUAAUAUUUUUUUCGCAUUAUUUUAAUAAAUAUAUUAAUAACAAAAAAAAACUUAUAUUUUGAAUAAGUUAUGCAUAUUUUUUAUCAUAUUUUUCUUUCGAUUUAAAUUAUAAAUUGACUUUCGAUGUGAUACUUACUUCAAACAUAAAUAUUGUAUUGCUAUAUACAAAACUAAUUGAAUAUAAAAUAUAAAAAAUGUCUGAACAAUCAAUUUAUGACAUGGCUUAUCGUGGUAAAACUACAGAUGUCAAGAAUUUAUUAAAUGAAAACGAAAAGUUAAAAAUAGCUAAGGAUAAUAAUGGUCGAAUGUUAAUACAUUGGGCAGCAUUAGGAGGACAUGAUGAUUUAGUGAGAUAUUUAUUAUCUCUUGAUGUACCAGUAGAUCCUACUGAUGAUACAGAUAUGACACCAUUAAUUUUGGCAGCAUCAGCUGGUCGCGAAAAAGUUGUUAAUACUUUAUUAAUUGAAGGUGCAUAUGUUAAUGCCAAAACACAAGAAGGUCAUUCAGCAUUGCAAUAUGCAGCAUCAAAAAAUUGGAAAUCUAUUUGUGCUGCAUUACUAGAAAAAGAUGCCAAUGUUAAUAUUACUGAUAAUCGUGGAGCUACACCAUUACAUAGAGCUGCAUCCAAAGGCAACAUUGCUAUUGUAAAACUUCUCAUAGAAUAUGGACGAAAUUUAGACAUUGAUAGCAAAGAUGCUGAUGGAAAUAGUGCAUUACAUUUGGCAUGUGAAGAAAAUCGUGUUGAUGAAGCAAAAUUAUUAGUACAGAAUGGUGCUAGUACAACAUUGAAGAAUAAACAAAAGAAAACACCUUUAGAUUUAGCAACUCCAAGAUUGGUACAACAACUAAAAGAAAUAGAGGAAGAUUCAUCUUAAAUA